UUGGUUCAUAUUGACACACCUCUGACGUCUUGUUUCUAAAUAAAGAAAAUGCGGAAAGACCCAAAUAUAUCAUGAACGUCCUAAAUUAUGACCUACAAUGGACAUUAAAAAAUGGGGUGUGCUUGUGCGCGAGUGUUCUUAUAUUCCGGACAAUUUGAAGUUUUGUAGUUCUGAUGAAAUAUGUGUAGAUGAGAUAGGAGAUGGGAACUUGAAUGUAGUGCUACGUGUUUACACCAAAGAUGGACGCAGUGUCAUUGUUAAACAUUCCUUGCCUUAUAUAAAGUGUCUAGGAGAAGGAUACCCACUUGGGGUUGCAAGAAUUGAUGCCGAGUACAAGGCUUUGGUAAAAUUUCAUCAGCUGGCUCCUGGCUGUGUCCCUCAACCAUACUUUUUUAACAAGCAACACAAUGCUGUUUACCUGGAAGAUCUUGAAGGAUAUAACAUUCUUCAACAGAAUCUUAUCAGUGGUCAGUUUGAUCAGAAGAUUGCAGAAAACUUGGGUCAAUCUCUAGCCACAGUUCACAGUAAAACACACAUAGGCAAGAUUGGGGAGGAUGCAAUAAAUGAGCUUUUUCUACAUUUAGACAAUUCAACAAUGGUUGGGCUGACUGCUGAGUAUGUUUUCACUAAACCAUUCAAUAAACCGGAUGAUACAAACAAAUGUUCACCAGAAGUAUCAGAACGAUUGAAUUUAUUGUAUGAAGAUGAAAAUGUCCUCUCUGCUGCCAAAGCUUUGUGUAAGAUCUUUACAGAGAAGAAAGAAUGUUUGAUACAUGGUGACCUACAUGCUGGUUCUAUUAUGGUUAAAGGGACGGACACAAGGAUGUUUGAUCUAGAGUUUUGUACUGUUGGUCCAGCUGGAUACGACCUAGGGGUUGUACUUGCCAACUUUAUUUUCACCUAUCACAGACAUAUUAGUACAGAAGAAGACAAUGACACCCAUCGAGUAUUUGCUUACAAGAUGGUUGAUGCAUGUAAAGCAUUUGUGAACAUAUACCUGGAGAAUAUGUCAGAAAGUACAGGUAACAGAGAUGAGUAUGUUAGCAAGCUUCUGUCUGAAACUGCAGGAUUUACUGCCUGUGAAAUCAUUAGAAGGUUAAUUGGUGCUGCACACUAUCCAUACUUAGAUGGCAUGCCUUUAGCAGAGCAAGACUGUCUGGAUACAGGGACAACACUUCUAAAUGCUUAUCAUAGAAUACAUGACAUUGAUAAAUUCCUUAUCAUUGCCUUUAAGCUGGUUUAAAGACAAUUAUGUAUAGUAUUGAAACUAAAUGAUUCUGUGAUAAACUUGUUUUAAUGAUUAAUUUUGUAGUGUAUUUACAUACAAUAUGUAUUUAUCACAUAUCAGUUAUAAUUAUCGUUAAAAUGUAUGUAAAAUUGAAUUAUGUUCACAUUCCAAACAUCAAAAGUUUACAUGUUUAAUCAAAUUUUUGAAUGAUGUUGAAAUAGUUUCAAUAAAUAAAAUUAUAAAGCAAUCAAAUUUAUAUAUACAUGGAUAAGAUUUCAUCAUCCCCCAACUUCAGUGACUACCUCUCCUCAUGUGAUUGUUUAUUCUUAAGUCAGUGACAACUUUGCUUGUAAAAAUGGAUGAUAGUGUCAGGAUUGUCGUAACAACAUUUAUAUUUGAAAUACUAGUAAUUCAAGUCUUUUACUGACUGCAAGCAAUUAUUAAAUGAAUUUUCAAGUGAGAACACUCCACUAUGAUAGAGGUAAAUCACAUUAAGUCUUGAUUACAUCUUGGCACCUGUAGGGUAAACUCCCAAGUAGUUAUUGAACUAAAUUUGUUUUAAGUGUUAAAAGUCACAGUGACCUUAACCUUUGACUAACAAAAUGUUACCAGUAUUGUGAUAAUUUACAAGGAAGAUGGGUGUUAUUUCAUCUGAUUUUAAUAAUUUACUAGUAUCUGUAAAUAUUCUAAUUUGCUGCAGACUUUAUGGAAGAUCUCUUGUAUUUUUUUCUAAAAUUUGACAGAAGCAUGCUUAUUUGUGUACAUCUACAUCAUACAUCUCUCCAGCAAUUUCAAUCUAUUAUUUUCACAGUGUCCAUCCAAACAUUCACAAAACUAUUUCCGUCAACAUUGUAAUGUAAAGAGAAAUACACUUCUGUGCAACAUAUACCUAGCUGUAAUUCAGCAUUAUGGUCAGUGACCUUGACCUCUUUAACUAGUCAUCUUUAUAUUCUUACUAAAAUGCAUACAUUCAAUGACGUCGUUCAAUGCUUUACAUAUAAGUUAUUGCAGUCUUGAACAUACAGG